CCAUGAAAUCACAGUGACUCGAUCACAAUCUCCAGAAACCGAUCACGACCCAGAAGACCCUUCUUCAGAUCCAUCUCACCCGUAAGUUCAAUUUCCUCUAUUUUCGUUUCGAUUUUUUUUUCUUCUGUGCCCUAGUUUCUGUGGAUUUGGGAUUUGAUUUGGGGUUUGGUCUUCUCAGAAAUCUGAGAUGGACGGCAACAAAGACGACGCUUUGAAAUGCUUCAGAAUCGGGAAGGAAGCUUUGGACGGCGGAGAUCGCACACGCGCCUUGAAAUUCUUAGCCAAAGCUCGCCGGCUCGAUCCGUCCCUACCGAUCGACGAUCUGUUAUCGUCGGUGGAGAAAGACUCCGAUCCUCCGCCGCCUGAUGGCGCCAAAACCGCCGACGCGCCGGCCGGGUCGGGUCUGGGUAUGCCUCCGCUCCGUCAAAGGAAAGCUACCGGGUCGGGGUCCGGGUCCGGGUCCGGGUUGUCGGCGAGUGGGUACACGGCGGAGCAGGUGACGAUUGUGAAAGAAUUGAAGAAGAAGAAGGAUUACUAUGAGAUUUUGGGAGUGGAGAGGAGUUGUAGUGUGGAAGAUGUUCGAAAAGCUUAUAGGAAGCUAUCUUUGAAGGUUCAUCCGGAUAAGAACAAGGCCCCCGGUGCCGAGGAGGCUUUUAAAUCGGUUUCGAAGGCGUUUCAGUGUCUGAGCAAUGCGGAGAAUAGGAAGAAGUAUGAUGUUUCGGGGUCGGAUGAGCCGGUUUACGAGAGGAGGCGUGCUCCUAGGCACGGCGGAGGGAAUGGGUUUUUCUAUGAGGGAGGUGAUGUUGAUGCGGAUGAGAUUUUUAGGAACUUCUUUUUCGGGGGAGGAAUGGCUCCGGCAACUACACAGUUCCGGGGGUUCAGUUUCGGGCAAGGAAUGGGGGCAGCGAGGCCUGCUGAGUAUGGCUCUGGUGGGUUCAAUGCUAGGACUCUAAUUCAGUUGCUGCCUGUGUUGCUUAUUUUGCUUCUCAACUUCAUGCCGUCUUCAGAGCCUGUUUACUCAUUGUCGAGGAAUCAUCCUUAUGAGUACCGGUUUACUACGGAAAGGGGUGUGAAUUUUUAUGUCAAGUCAACCAAGUUUGAGCAAGAUUACCCGUCAGGUAGCUUAGACCGUGCUAGGCUUGAUCAGCAGGUUGAGAGAGAUUAUUUCAGUGUUCUGUCGCAGAACUGUCGGCUAGAAUUGCAGCGUCGCCAGUGGGGAUUUGUACGUGAAACACCACAUUGUGACAUGUUGAAGCAGUUUGAGGCGGCAACUUGAUGUCUUGAACUGAAGAUUGCUCACUGAGUGCCAAUCUCUCCGUCUAUCCUUGUUGCAUAAUGCAUAAGCCGAAGAGAUGAAGGAUAGUAGCUGCAAAUUUGUGUGUUUUACAUCGUACAUCUGGACAGCAUCUGCAGCCUCCACAAGUUUUCUGUUCUUUAGUCAGAUAUAAGCAUAAUGACACCAUGACACCAUAAAAUUGUCUGAGAUUCAACUUAUCAUCAGCUAGUAUGAAAGCUUUGCAAUUGUUAAUGUUGCAUAUAUAUCUUGUUCAAUACAUACUCUUCCAUAUAUGCAUGUGGAUCUAGGUAUUUUUGUUCCGGUAAUCACAUUCAAUCCUUUGAUGUAUGUUAUAACAAUUUUAGAAUAACUAAAUGAAAGAUUGAUCUGUAUCUAUUUCAAUUCAAUAAAAAAAGAGUAUUUCAGCCAUGU